UCCUGCUCUGUUAUGGAAAGGAAAAUAGUGUUUUGGCUUUGUGAAAGGUCAGUUCUUUGUCAGUGACUCUGUAGCUAGAGCACCCGAGGGAAGUCAUGAUAACUAGCUAAAUGUUGGUCUUUUCACACCUUGAAUGACUGACUGGUCGUCACCAUGCCGAGCCAAACGACAUCCCCCCCGCCGCUGACAGUGACUGUACUGGCCGCGCUGUGGGUCAGUUUGGGUCGGUGCGGUGUCUCAGAGUCUCCGGGGCCAGGCUGUGACAAUGGAAAACUCUCACUGGACAGGGACCUGCUGCGUGCGGAUGCUGUUUAUUGGGACUGUCCAGUCUCUAUGUGGCCAGAGUCUACUCAGAGACUUCCCAGUAUUGACACAGUGUAUGAUCCUGAGCCAGCCAAGCCAAUCUGCAUGGAUAAACCUAUCUCCUACAGCCACACCAUUCCCAACAGUGGAGCGUACAGACCAAUAAGGGCAGAGAGUGGAGAGUACUUGUACUGUCCUCCUCAACGGUGGCUCAAUAACUUGCAUCAUGGAGCUACUGUUUUGCUCUACCAUCCCUGUGCUCCUCUCCAUGAGCGCCUCCUCCUGUCUGCGCUGGCCCGCUCCUGUCUGCCAGAAUACAUCAUUACCUCACAUCCACAGCUCAAUAAACACAUGCCAAUAGCCUUGGUGUCUUGGGGUCGCACUUUGGAGCUGUCCACUGUUGCCUCUUCAGACGUCUGUGAUUGGCUGGAGACCACAACAACCACAAGAAAUCCGUUCAGCGGUGCGAGCCAGAGUAAGAAGUACGACCUGCUGCUGACGUGGUCAGCAGAGCAGCAUCGACAGCAACGCGCACAUCCAGAAGAGCACUCAACAAAAAUUAAGGAGUCUUUGAGGCAGUGCUGUGAGCGUACCGUCUCUUCUCUGCCCAACAGAGCGAUGGAGGUAGAACUAGAUUCCACCGUGAAGGACGAAAAAAUGAAUCAACUGAAAAAGCAUGUCAAAAGGAGGCAAAGAAGAGCUGUCAUCAGACAAAAUCAAGUGAACGUUGCAAAUGAGAACAUGAAAGAAGACACCACAACACAGGUCUCCAGUUUUUUGACCAACCAGACCAACAAAACCAUCACCAACGGGACGGGGAACUCCCAGAACUACAACAGCACGCACGCCUCAUCAGCAGAUUCUCCUCCAGGGAACACCACUCUCUCAGAUCCACCAAAUCCAAGCGAAGCUCCAGCUCAGUCUAAGAUCCAAAAUCAAAGUCAGAGCCUUACACCCUGGCCCACAACUCCUUUAGGAUCUAAUAUAUCAGAGGCUACACUUAAACCUGAUUCUUUAGGAGUCGGGGCCUUUGAGUCUCAGAAACACAGGGUAACACUGCAGACGGCCCUGCAGCCCAGUCCUGCACACACUGACCUCAAAUACCAAAACCCCUCAAAAGCUCAGCACAGUGAGCAAAACCAUACUGCCAGGCCUGAAGCCCUGACCCUCAGCUCUAAAGACAAAGGUACAGACUCCACCAAACAGAGAGACAAAGAUUCUACUAAACGCAGCAUGAAAGAGAAAAACUCCGAUAAAGACGUCGGAGCAAAUAGAAAGAUGAAGGAUAAUGAAGUAGUAGAUGUAAAAGAGAGAGAGGUGGAACAUAAGCACGCACACAGUGGUACACACUCUCACCAUAUAAACGACAAGACCGGCCAAUCCGAGCCUCUGUCCCAACAUCACCAAAACCCACAGCCAGCCAGUUACCUGCCUAACACCCACGACUGUGACAGCUGCAAAGCAGGCGAACACUGCGAAUGCGCCAAGGGCUCAGGGGCCGAGGGCCGAGCCGCGGUAAUGAGCAAAGGGUUGCCGAGGACACCCAGGACGGACGAGGCGGUGUGGGCGGCGGCGGCACUGGGCUUCCUGCUGGUUCUCCUGACGCUGUCGGUGCUUCACACGCGCCUGUACCGCCACUGGAGGACCACGCCCAGUCUGUACUGGCGUGACCCGCGGCAGGACUACGACAGCGUGGCAGAUGUUAUCCGCAGGAGGCUGCGAAUCGCAAACAGGAGGCGGAAAAGGGGCAGAAGACAGGAGUGUGUUCUCCUGCCCAGCUCCUCCAGCUCAGAUGAACAUCCAUAGAAAAAUGAAGGAAACAUCCCCAACAAGAAUGUCGAGAAGGCGCCAGAGUCGUUUGUGUGUAGAGAAGAUGAAGAGUGGACCAGAACAGAAGGAGGAUGUAUUGCAUAUAUUAGACUUGUCUUUUAUCUGUACCUGUCAGUAUGCUGUUUAUCUCACAGGGCAGGACUGGACCAUCUUUAUCAAAAGCACUGAGGUGUUGCUGGAUAUCCUAAAAGCUGAAGCUGAAAUACCACAAAGCAGCUAAAGGGUCAGUUAGACCCUGUGUCCAAAUCGAUUGGACAUAUGACCUCUCUUAUUGGUUGCAUUUGGAUUGACUCUAUUAGAACUGAAAACGGUUUUUGGACCAUCCAAAAGGAGUGCUGGAGUCUGUUAUUACAACACAGGGGCAAAUCAUUUCUUACCAAAUUGCAUCGAAGUACAAAUAAUAGCCAUCAAAAUAAUUAAAGAAGAAGUCAGUGUAUAUUAUAAACAACUUUCAUCAGUCUGAUGGUCCUUUGAUGUCCUCAGGACACUGGAUAGAGAAGCCCACAGGUAUAAUUUAGUGCAGCACAUUUUAUGUAUUUUUACUAAAGCUUAUAAUUCAUUUGUCUUAUCAUAGUCUCCUACACAGCAGUCAGUGUGUAUGGCCCCAUAUUGAGCACUCCAUGUAUUAGCAUCAGUAUCAAUAGCCUGCAGUUCUUGCCACUUUUUCUACCAAACAGUUUUUAAAAUUGUGUGGAAUUCCUUCUGUGUUUUGUUUUUUUAUGCGGUUUUAUAGUAACAUUGUCGUUUUUACCUGUGAAGGUUUAGUAUGUGAAUAUGUCAGUUGCUGUUUUAAGCAACACUGUGUGUGGUACGAACACGAGUUUGUCUUUUUUGUUUGUUUUUUUAUUUUGAAGAUGACAGAUUUAGAGAGAGAGAUGGAAUACAAAGACAUUAAAUUACUUGACAAGUGUUAA